UUAUAUUUUAUUUAAUGUUUUCUGUUUGUUUACGGAUAAACCAGGAUGUUAUUGUAUUUACUUAAUUUAAUUGGUCGGUUUGAAUUCUUAGUGACGAAAUGAGCGCUUAUUGGUCAGCCGGGUGCAGGCGAAACUCUGUGACCAAUAGGAGAGCAGAAUCGGUCUAAAGCGGGAAGCUCAGAAGGUUAACAACUUCCUCUGAGCUAAGUGUCAGGUGCUGUUUUUUAUACCUGAUAUUUUUAUUUUGUUUACACUUGUGGCUUAUUAUAUUGUCGCGUUCUUGUGCUACAUGAAGCGUUAACAAACACGGAGCUUUAACAAAUUUCACUUAAACGUUUCCUACGUGUUUAAGACUUAUUAAAUCUCCAGGUUUUCUCGCUCAAGCGAGCAUCAUCUUCAUGUGCCACAUAUAAUCCGGUGCGUAUGGAGCAGGUGUACAGGCUGCAGCGUGAAGUGGGUCGAGGCAGCUAUGGCGUGGUGUUUGAGGGUCAUGUUAUGGAGACAGGCUGGUGGGGCUGCAGAGGAGACACGGUGGCCAUCAAACGUCUGCCCUGCGGCAGCCCAGAAAGCAUUCAACUGUAUUUGCAGGAGCUUUGGGCCAUGAGAGCCACCGGCAGGAGACACCCGAACAUCAUCGCACUCCUUAACUGUCUGGUACAGACCGGUCCGAAAACGCUGCAGCCGCUCAAAUCUGACAAGUUGCCGCUGGACCUGGUGGAGAGCGCCCUCAAAGGAAGGGUUGUGGACAAGGACUCUAAAAGUCAAGCGAGGAACACGGGGUCUGCAAAAAGGUGCUCGGCUCUGUGGCUGGUGAUGGAGUACUGCGAUGGCGGAGACCUGAACCAGUACAUGUUGUCUAGAUGUCCAGACAUGCAGAGGAAUCACGAGGUGGUCCGGCAGCUCAGCAGUGGCAUGAAUUUUCUUCACGGAUUGGGGAUCGUGCACCGAGACCUAAAACCGGCCAAUGUGCUCGUCUGCGUAACCAAAACUGGUCCAGUGAUCAAGAUAGCCGACUUCGGCCUGAGCAAGAUGGUGGAAGGCACGACAGAGGGAGAACGGAGCAGACUGGCCCUCUCGUCCACGUGUGGCUCAGACUUCUACAUGGCACCCGAGGUGUGGGCCGGACACAGCUACACCGCACAAGCAGACAUCUUCUCUCUAGGUGUCCUCUUCUGGGCCGUGCUGGAGAGGAUCACCUUUCUGGAGGAUGGCUCCAGCGAGGAGCAGCUGGGAGUUUAUGUGGAGAAGGGACGAUGGAUCAUGCCGCUCGGAGAGGCUUUGUGUCAGAAUCCAGCUCUGCAGUUGGUCAUCCCCAUGCGAGCGCGACGUGCCUCGCCGUUACCUCCGACACCGAGCCCCGACUUGUGUGCCCUGCUUUUGGACAUGCUGGCAUUUGACCCUGAUACUCGUCCCACCGCACUACAGCUGCAAGAUAGAAUUUAUAGAGCCAUAGACACUCCCUGAUCUCCAGAUUUUAUUAUUUCUUUAUUCAGGCUGAAGGUUUCUUCCUCAGUUCUUCUAAGGGAGUUUUUCCUCACCACCUCGGACUUAUUGGUUAGGGAUCAAAUUUACGAUUUAAAUGUACAAUUUAUUUGCUGAAUUUAUAUAUAUUUAAAAAAAAUCUUACAUUUCUUUAAAGCUGCCUUUGAGACAAUGUCCAACGUUAAACGUGCUAUACAAAUCAACCUGAUUAGAAUUUCUCGCCUGCCACAGACAUAACGAAUACUCUGGCUUUCGUGUACAAGUCGUACCACAGUACAUUAAGAUUAAGUCGCACGUGUACCGUCUGUCUGGCGACGUUCAAAUAUCUUAAAACAAACGCUUGAAUAUAUCGCACUCGAAAUCUACCAGCGCACCGAACAGGACUGCAGACGUUGGCAGAGUCGUAACUUCUGAAGCGAAAAGUCUUCACAGCCCUGCUGCAGUUUUUUAUUUAUUUAUUUAUUUUAUUUUUUUUUUAUAUAUGCAGUGCCUGAUAAAUCCUGACAGAUCCUUUUCCACCAUCAGUCUGAAAUCAAUAGCAACCAACAAAAAGUCAUCAGCCGGAUUUUCUUGACCGCUCAGUUGCAACACGCUUCGGAAGCCAGAGCCUGCAAAGUGCUUAGAAAGCAAGUACAGUGCAAGCUCUCAUAAUAUAUCAGAGAAACGAUCAGGAACGAGUAGAGAAAAAAAGGGAUGACGAUGACAGUAUGAAGAUUCCUUCUUGACUUGCGUGAAAGGACAGAGAAGAAAAACUUGUCUUCGUUUCAAAAGUCUGAGCUACAGUAUGGAUCGUCUUUUAAUGCGAUCCCAUCAUGUUGUCAGUGUAUCUAAGCUUUAAAUAAAAGAAUCGAACUGUGUUAAAA